AUGUGUUUCGGGGUUGCAGUUGGCGCCGACAAACUUCAGACUCUCUCGUAUGCUGCACCACAGCAAUCAUCCGAGGAAUCUUACGAAUCUAGUGAAGCUAAGUACGACUUCAGCUACGCGGUAAAGGACGACUCUUCUGGCAACCACUUCGGUCACCAGGAGAACCGCGACAACGACAACACCAAAGGGUCGUACUACGUACAGCUCCCCGAUGGUCGUCUGCAGACUGUGACUUACUACGUGGACGGUGACUCAGGCUACGUGGUCGAGGUGACUUACCAGGGAGAAGCUCGCUACCCCGAGUCUUCAGAGUCUUCGGAGUCCAGCGAGGCUGGUGGCUAUGACCCUCGUCGAUCCAUCUACGGGUAG